AUGCUAGGUCUUAACAGGGGCGAUGUAGCUGGAAUAUGGAGUUGUAAUUCAUAUAGCUGGGUACCAAUUGUAUACGCGUGUAGCAAAUUGGGUAUUGUUUUGUGUCCAAUCAAUCAGGCGUACAAAUACAAAGAAUUGGCAAACGUGUUAAAAUUAGCACAGAUUAAAUUACUAUUUAUGCCCGGUUUAAACAGUUCCCAGGAUCACGUUAACGAAUACCAUGGAACGACAGGAAAACCUAAAGCAGCAUGUUUAUCUCAGUUUAGCCUUGUGAUCACAAACUGCAUGCACAGUAACAGUCAAUUGGUAAACACAUUAACUCGAUUCAAAUGCACCGACAUGUUUGCCACACCAUUUAUGGUAUCAGAUAUGUUGAGUUAUUUGGAAAUCAAUAGGGUUUGUUUGCCAGACUUGUAUGGCAUCACCAUGGUUGGUUCACCAGUGAGCAAUGAGUUGGCCACUCGCAUUCCGCUGGUUUUACCUAGAUGCACCGGUGCUCGGGUUCGUUUCAAUGCAUAUCAAAUUAUAUUGAUUGCUCGUGAACUUUUAACUCGUGGAUUUAGCCAGAUGCUUUAUUACUGGCGCGACGAAACUAAAACCAGGGAGGUGAUCGAUAAUAACGGGUGGUAUAUAACCGGCGACAUGGCGAUAAUGGACGAGCAUGGUUAUUUAAAGAUAUGCGGUCGUAUUAACGACAUGAUAAUUGUUGGCGGCGAGAAUGUCUACCCACAAGAGGUGGAAGAUGUUUUACGCAAACACUAUAUGGUUAACGAUGCAUACGUGAGCAAGUUCAAUUUUGUUGAUAAAGUUAUUGGUGUGCCCGAUAAUAAAAAAGGUGAAGAGAUAUGCGCUUGGAUAAGAUUGAAUCAGCUUGAUCAUAUGCCC